AUGGCUUUGGAAGCUAUUAAAUAUAAUAAUGGAAAGUUGGAAGUCUUGGAUCAAACGCUUCUGCCAGUAAUUACUCGGUAUAUACAUGUUCAGGGUGUUGAAGAUGGUUGGAAAGUUAUCAACAAGAUGCAGGUCCGUGGAGCUCCAGCAAUUGCGAUGGUAGGCUGCCUAAGUCUUGCAGUCGAAUUAAAAAAUGAUAAUUACAGUGAAAAAAGCUCAGUGAGGCGUGAAAUAGAAGGAAAAAUGAACUAUUUGAUAUCGGCACGCCCUACGGCUGUUAAUAUUAAAAUUGCUGCUGAACAACUGAUCAAGCUGGCUAAUAAACUGUACAGAGAUGACAGUAUUAAUGUAGAAAAUAUGGUUUCUGAAAUACUGAGGUCAAUAGAUAAUAUGUUCAAAAAGGAUAUUGAUGACAAUCGGGCUAUUGGUGACUUUGGGGCUGAUGAAAUUCUUAAAAAUAUUGUAGAUAAUAAUUUAGUACGAGUAUUAACUCAUUGUAACACUGGGUCACUGGCUACUACAGGAUAUGGUACAGCUUUAGGUGUUGUGCGAUCGCUUCACAGCAGAAGAAAACUUGAGCAAGUAUAUUGUACUGAAACACGCCCGUACAAUCAAGGAGCCCGUUUAACAGCCUACGAAUUAGUCCAUGAAAAUAUACCAGGUACUUUAAUAUGCGAUGACAUGGUAGCUGCAUUGAUGAAGUCUAGAAAAAUAAAUGCUGUAAUAGUUGGGGCUGACAGAGUUGCUGCUAAUGGAGAUACUGCUAACAAAAUAGGAACUUAUCAGAUUGCAAUCCUAGCAAAAUAUCAUGAAGUACCAUUCUACGUAGCGGCUCCAAGAACGUCUAUAGACUUCGACAUAAUAGCGGGAGACAAGAUACCUAUUGAAGAGCGACCUGAGCGCGAAAUGACGCACCUGAACGACCAGAGAAUCGCUGCCAAGGGAAUCCAAUGCUGGAACCCCGCAUUUGACGUGACCCCCGCUGAUCUGAUCACCGGAAUCAUCACCGAGGUUGGUGUUAUCAAUCCGAAGGACUUGAAGCAACUUGUUUCUACCGACCAACAAUAA